GUCACCAUCCAACCCGGAAAUGUCGGCCGGUGAUGGCGGCGGCCUCGUCAGCUUGUGUUUGAGAAGAUAGCAGCAAGUAGUCUCAGCGACACCCCCACACCCUCCGCUUCACUCUGCCCGAGACAUUGCGGACUCACACCGGCCCACCUACCCCCUGCCGGCGCCCGGUUCCCCCCGGUGGUCUUUGUGAGCCCCCCCCGCAGUAAGUUAGCUUAGCAGGCUAAGAGGAUGUCCCUCUUCCAGUCUGCGCUCGAUUUCCUCGCCGGGCCCGGCUCGGUCGGAGCGGCGAGCCGUGACCAGAACGACUUCGUGGGGCAGCUGGUGGAACUGGGGGAUAUGAAGCUGCGGAUCAAGCGAGUGAUCGCGGAAGGCGGCUUUGCCUUUGUGUACGAAGCCCAGGACACAGGAAGUGGCAAAGACUACGCUCUGAAGCGACUCUUGUCCCACGAAGAUGAGAAGAGCAAGGAAAUCAUCCAAGAAGUUUGCUUUAUGAAAAAGCUAUCGGGACACCCCAACGUGGUCCAGUUCUGCUCGGCUGCCUCCAUCAGCAAGGAGGAGUCUGACACCGGACAGGCCGAGUUCCUGAUCCUCACUGAGCUGUGCAAAGGUCAGCUGGUGGACUUCCUGCGGCGAGUGGAGCAGCGGGCGCCCGUGUCAUGUGACACCGUGCUGAAAGUCUUCUACCAGACGUGCCGCGCCGUGCAGCACUUGCACAAGCAGAAGCCCCCCAUCAUACACCGAGACCUCAAGAUCGAGAACCUGUUGAUUAGCAACCAGGGCACCGUCAAGCUGUGCGACUUUGGCAGCGCCACCACGGUCUCGCAUUACCCCGACUACAGCUGGUCGGCACAGAAGCGCUCCAUGGUGGAGGACGAGAUCACGCGGAACACCACUCCUGCGUACCGGACCCCGGAAAUGAUUGACCUGUAUUCCAACUACCCCAUCAACGAGAAACAAGACAUCUGGGCCCUGGGUUGCAUCCUCUACCUGCUGUGUUUCAAGCAGCACCCUUUUGAGGAGGGCGCCAAGCUGCAAAUUGUCAACGGGAAGUACUCCAUCCCGCAGAACCACACCAAGUACGCCGUGUAUCACGACCUCAUACGCUCCAUGUUGAAAGUACACCCGGAGGAGCGUCUCUCAAUUACGGAGUUAGUCAACCAGCUCCAGGAAAUAGCAGCAGCACGCAACGUCAACCCCAAGUCCCCCAUCACGGAGCUGCUGGAGCAAAACGGAGGAUUCGGCAACAACGGAUCCCCAGCGCCUCCGCAGAUCCACACUGUCCACAGCAAUCCAGGUAUCUAUGAUCCAGAUCAGUCCGGCAGCGGUUUCCUGGACAUCCUCAAGGGAGGAACGGAACGCUUCCUGACCAACAUCAAGGACACCUCCUCCAAAGUUAUCCAGUCAGUCGCCAGCUAUGCUAAAGGUGACCUGGACAUUUCCUACAUCACCUCCAGAAUCGCAGUCAUGUCGUUCCCGGCCGAGGGUGUGGAGUCUGCAAUCAAGAACAACAUCGAGGAUGUGCGACUCUUCCUGGAUUCACGCCACCCUGGCCACUACGCCGUCUACAACCUCUCCAAGCGCUCCUACAGGUCAUCUCGCUUCCACAACAGGGUCUCGGAGUGCAACUGGCAGGUGCGCCGCUGCCCCAACCUGCGCAGUCUUUACAGCGUGUGCAAGAACAUGCAUCAGUGGCUCAAGCAGGACCAGAGAAACAUCUGCGUGGUCCACUGCCUGGACGGCAGAGCGGCGUCGGCGGUGGCCGUGUGCUCCUUCCUGUGCUUCUGUCGUCUCUUCACCACGGCCGAGGCGGCCGUCUACAUGUUCUCCAUGAAGCGAUGCCCACCCGGCAUCGCCCCCUCGCACAAGAGGUAUAUCGAGUACAUGUGCGACAUGAUGGCGGAGGAGCCCAUCAUCCCCCACUGCAAGCCCAUGGUCAUACGCUCCAUCGCCAUGACGCCCGUGCCCCUUUUCAACAAGCAGCGCAACGGCUGCCGGCCCUUCUGCGAGGUUUACGUCGGCGACGAGAGGGUCCUCACUACCUCACAGGAGUACGACAGGAUGAAGGACUUCAAAAGCGAGGACGGAAGAGCCGAGAUUCCCUUGAAUGUGACUGUCCAAGGAGAUGUGCUGGUGGUCAUCUACCACGCCAGGUCCACGCUGGGAGGACGUCUGCAGGCCAAGAUGGCCUCCAUGAAAAUGUUUCAAAUCCAGUUCCACACGGGCUUUGUCCCCAGAAACGCCACCACUGUGAAGUUUGCCAAGUAUGACCUGGACGCCUGUGACAUCCAGGAGAAGUAUCCAGACUUGUUCCAGGUCAACCUGGACAUCGAAGUGGAGCCCAGAGAGAGGCCCAGUGCCAAGACCCCACCAUGGGACAGCUUCCAGACUAAGGGCCUUAACCCCAAGAUCCUCUUCUCCUCUCGCGAUGAGCAGCAGGAGAUCCUCAGCAAGUUUGGUAAACCAGAACUGCCUCGUCAGCCGGGGUCCUCGGCCUUCUAUGACUCUAGUUUGCCACCGGAGCCUGCGCAGACCCCGGAAAAUUCUACCGCAACCGAAGCAGAAUCUUCUGAGAGCCCGGACACCAACGCCAACAACUUCUUCCAGACUUUGGACUGGGAAGAUGUCGGCACCCCCCAGGAGGCCUCUGAUAGUCAAGGAGGAGGAUCCAUGAACGACCAGGAAGAUCUGAGCGAUCAGUCGGAAGGAGAGUCCUACUCCUACUCCGCUCCCAGCGGGGGGGUUCUGUCACGGGACACCAGUGAACCCCUGUUUGACGCCGACUUCCAGACUCCUUCCCCUGGAGCCGAGGACUCGCCUGCCAACGACACGGCCGAUCUCCUAGGUUUGAACUCUGACCCCGCGCCUCCUCAGGUGGGGCUGAAAGCCUCCUCCAGCCAAAGUGACCUCCUCACCGACCUGUUUGCGCCCCCUGCGGCAGUGCAGGAAGACUUGUUCUUUAGCGCUGAAGCCGGCGUCUCGAAACCCAUGAGCGACCUGUUUGACCCCUUCGGCAUGGGCUCCAGCUCCGGGGUGGGCUCCAGCGUGGGCUCUUCCCGGCAAGCCUCCGGUCCCGACCUUUUUGGGGACUUGUUGAGCUCGGAAGGUUCCGCCGGCAGCAACUUUAGCGCAGCCCGGAGCAACCCCGCCCCCGUCUCCAACGCCAGCCUCUUUGACCUGGAUAAGUUGGUCAAGGACGCUCCCAAGAUGACGUCGUCCGCCAGCCACCCUGACCUUCUGCGGGGGUGGGACAGCUGGGCGGCGAGCACGUCCGCCAGCAUGAGCUCCACUGCCAGCAGGCCCGCCUACACCAGCACAGCUUCUAGUCUGGCGUCUAUGUCAAAGGCCAAAUCUGAGACCUUUGAUCCUUUUGCUGACUUGGGAAACCUCAGCUCCAAACUACCAAAUUUAACCAAAAGUACCACGUCCGGCACAAAAGUACCUUCGUCUUCCUCCUCCGCCUCUUCCUCAACCUCUGCCGCCAAGCCUCAAGUCCAGUCCUGGCAGGCCGGUAGAGCUGCUUCCAGUCAAAGCAAACAAUGGCAGUCUGGAUCUGCGCCCAAGGAGCCGUCGGCCCCGCAGCCUUCCGGCGCGCAGACCGCCAAGCCCAACUACAACCUCAACUUCUCCAGCGUCAUCGGAGGCCGGGAGGAGCGAGGCGUUCGAACUGCGGGAUUUGGCCCCAAGCCCAAAGUAAAGGAGGCGGACUUCGGGGACUUGCUGUCCACUCAGGGUUUUUCCUCCAAGUUGGACCGGAAAGGGCCGAGGACCAUCGCUGAGAUGAGGAGGGAGGAGCUCACAAAAGAAAUGGAUCCUCUCAAAUUACAGAUUCUGGACUGGAUCGAGGGCAAGGAGAGGAACAUCCGAGCGCUGCUGUCCACGCUGCACACCGUGCUGUGGGAGGGCGAGACCCGCUGGAAGGCCGUGGGCAUGGCCGACCUGGUGACGCCCGAGCAGGUGAAGAAGUUCUACAGGAAGGCCGUGUUGGUGGUCCAUCCUGAUAAGGCGACGGAUCAGCCGUACGAGCUGUACGCCAAGAUGAUCUUCAUGGAACUGAACGACGCCUGGUCAGAGUUUGAGAACCAGGGAUCCAAAGCGCUCUUUUAAAAACCUCCAUGUCGCCGGUCCGGGUCGGGCCAGAUCCGGACCGGGCCGGACCAAACUGGACCGGAUUUGGCCUUUUGAAGAAAAAAAACAACCCGAAACAGAUUUAUCCUGGAUCAGAUUUGACUGGACUGAGCCCACAUUGGGCCUUCUUUGUUCUUCUUGUCGUCCCCUCGCCACCGACCUUGCGGUGGUGGUGGUGGAGGGGGUGGUGGUCCGCACGCACGCACAUCUGGAGUGACAAUCACAUGACCCACACUUCACAGACAGCAGAUUGUGUUGCUAACAAGCAAAAUGGAGACUUUGUGGCUAUCUAAGUAUUAUUAUAAAAUGACUUAAUUAUUAUUACUUUAUUAUUACUGCUAAGUGACACUUGCAGGUUCGCUCUCAAAAAGUGCCCCUUUUUUUUUUUUUUUUAGCUUGGAUGUUCAUGUUACGCUCUCAUGGAAAAAGAUGGAGGAUGGUCCUGCUCUCAUGCUGCAUUCAGGCAACUGGGACAUCAGAGCACUUUCUCUACUCCCAAACUGAAAGCAGCAUGUAUCCAUUAGUUGUACUAUUUACAUUUCGGACCACACUACGCUGUGAUGCUAACUGUAUGCACGCCAAUAACAAGAGGUAGCACAUAGCCAGGAUCAUGCUAUGCUAGGUAGCUAACUGCUGCUCACCCACAACGAGGCUCUUAAUGAUGGAGGGAGAGCAUACAGUUAGCUACAUAACAUAGCAUGUUGCUAACUGUAUGCUCGCCAAUAACGAGAAGUAAGCAUCAUGCUAUGUUAUGUCGCUUAUAAAUUAUGAUAUAUAAUGGAGGGAGCGCAUACAGUUAGCAUCAUGCUAUGUUAUGUAGCUUAAGAAUAAUGAUAUAUGAUGGAGGGAGGGCAUACAGUUAGCAUCAUGCUAUGUUAUUUAGCUUAGAAAUAAUGAUGUAUGAUGUAGGGAGUGCAUACAGUUAGCAUAAUGCUAUGUAAUGUAGUUUAUAAAUAAUGAUAUAUGAUGGAGGGAGCGCAUACAGUUAGCAUCAUGCUAUGUAAUAUAGCUUAUAAAUAAUGAUGUAUGAUGGAGGGAGGGCAUACAGUUAGCAUCAUGCUAUGUUAUUUAGCUUAGAAAUAAUGAUGUAUGAUGUAGUGAGUGCAUACAGUUAGCAUAAUGCUAUGUAAUGUAGUUUAUAAAUAAUGAUAUAUGAUGGAGGGAGCGCAUACAGUUAGCAUCAUGCUAUGUAAUAUAGCUUAUAAAUAAUGAUGUAUGAUGGAGGGAGGGCAUACAGUUAGCUUCAUGCUAUGUUAUGUAGCUUAUAAAUAAUGAUAUUUGAUGGGGGGAGCACAUAUAAACGCACACUUAGUGUCAAUAAGAUUUUGAAAAAAAGACAUCCAGUUGACCAAGUAGCCUAAGUUUGAUACCGGCCCUCAGUUUGACUGACAGCUGUCACAAAAAGUGAAGACGGUGAUUGAAUGUGGUUUUUCGGGGUCCAUGGUGUGUUUUUGUACCAGCGAUCAUUGUAAAUAUGAAACAUUAUGAAGAAUAUUCUCAUCACUCUUUUUGCUAAUUUGACUUUUGUUUUACCUCACGGACCAAGCCUCACUUUCUUAUUUAUUCUUCUUUCUUCUUAGGACUUUUGUUGAUACCUUAGAUGUUGUAAUAUAUACAUCCUUGAUUUCAUUCCAAAGUAAAUAACACCAACGUGAUGUUUCACCGCACAUCCUCUCUUUAUUUUUUCUUCUACUUGCCUUCGGAUGAUGUGUGUGAGGGGGGAGGGGCAGGUCAUGUGACACAAUCAUCAGCAACACGAAGCCAUGAUGUGCGACUAAUACCAUGAAUGUAGAUGUCAAUCAUUAAAAAAACCCAGGAGAAUAUUUCCACA